AGCGAGACAUAGGAAGUUGUACAGUGAGCUGGCGGUAGGUUUGAUUGAUGAUAACAUUAGUUCUCGGAACUUCCAAACCCCAAAUAACGCCCGUAAACAGGAAAGAAGCUAAUCGUCAAAUUCCUCUAUCUUCUACGAAACCCCUCAUUUUUCUAAGAAGCUUAAGACACGCGAAGCACACAAAGGACAGAGCGCCUGAGCAUGGAAAACCCGACCUUGGCUGUUACUUCAUCCGACGAACCGCACGCGACCGAAAUACACUGUCCUUUUCAUCUGGACGAAGAAUGGUACGAUUUGACAUCUACGUAUGUCACCAACGUCGUUUUGAUCGUGAUCAACACCCUAACUGCUCUAUCGGCCACGGCUGGCAAUUCGUUGAUCCUACUGGCAGUGUGGAAGACACCGGCGCUACGAACACCUUCAAAUACGCUACUCUGCUGCCUCGCGUUCUCCGAUUUCUUGGUGGGUCUAGUCGUGCAACCGACAAACGCUCUGGAAAUCUUCUUCGAGAUUCAACGAAAUAAGCGAGCGUUCUGCGUGGCGGAAAUCUUAACAACCGGUUCACUAUCGUGGAUUUGCGCAGGAGUGUCCUUCCUGGUCAUAACCGCUAUUUCGGUUGAGAGAUAUCUCGCAAUAAAGCUGCACUUGAGAUACGAAGAAUUAGUCACAAAUCGCCGCAUCUUGAUGGUCGUGUCCAGUUUCUGGCUUGUCUGUAUAUCCUUGAUAAUCGCUCGCUUCUCGGGAGCUUCGUACGACGCUCUUGUCAUAAUAAUCGUAGUUAUGGAUGCCAUGAGUAUGGCCAUUACAGUAGCAGCUUACUCAAAAAUUUAUCUUCAGGUAAAUCUCUUUGUUUCUUUUUACCUUUAACAAUUUUCAAUAUUAAAUAAAACCCUGCCAACAUUUCUGUCAACACGGCUGGAGAGAAAGCCUUAAAAAAUCAGUAAAAUCACCAAGAAGAGUUUGAAAGCGAUUUGUUGAAAACUGAAAAAGAUAUAGCUUUGCAAAGUCGCGGAAUUACAGACGUUUGUAUGAUGGGGGGAAAUUUCAUCCCCCACACAAUACAAUAAUUAAAUUAAUUAAAAAGUCAGUAAAUGUUGCGACUUUAUGGAGGCAAUACCUUCGCUCUCUCAUCACCUUUAUACUUGGUAAGUUAAAUAACUUUAAGACUCUCUUUCCCGCCAGCAGUGUCGAUAGAUAUUUGGUUACUGCUUUUUAUCAAAAGAUGAAAAAAAAACGUGGAAGGUUCUAUUAACUUCUGCUGGGGUAACGCACAAUUUAAAAAAAUGCGAACAUGUAGUAAGAGACAAUAUACUAAUUCGCAGAUCAUUCUCAAUAAAAAAAAGACCUACACUGAAACACAACCAGGAUAAACCCACCUCGAUGUUUAAUAGAACUCCGGGGGGGUACUCCUCAUGAUGGCCUAUACAGGGAGACUCCGCCCGAAAGGGCUACCUAGCUUUUUCAGGCUUCAGGUAUAUGAAAGGGUAGGAGCCUCCCCACGUAAACAUUUAUUGACUACCCCCCCCGGGAUAGAAAUGCUUUUUACUGCGAAGAUCUAAUUCUGAUGGCGAAAAUUCAUGUCACUCUCCUUUUGGAAAAAAUAAAGUCUGAAUAGUAACACAUACGAUGGUUGUACCUAUUUACAUUGGAAAGCAAUAUAUAGCUUAUUUAAGGCUGAGCGGAUGCGACUUUUUUAAAGAUGGUACUCGAUCUAAUUCUAUCAUCACAUAGUCUCCAUGCUGUCAAUAUUUACUGUAAGAAUGCUUUCCCGAGUCUGAAUGGAUAUGGCCUUCUAAAAUAGAUAUUUAAGCUUUCUUUUAUUCCAAACUAGUCAUAAUGGCUACAGUUUUUUAGGCUGCUGAACAAUUAACUCCCACGUUACUUAUUAUAAGAAACUUAAUGUGUCAAUCUAAAAAAAGAAUGGAAAUACAAGGCAGCUCUUUCAGCCCACGGGCAAAUUCAUCGACCACCUGCAUGGCCUAAUCCUCAUAGUGCCAGCAGCAUUCACAGUUAUUUUACGAAACCUUCAACUAAAAAAAGUGAAAAAAAGCGAUAAAAAACAACAAAAGGGGUUUUCAAGGCGAAAAGUGGGAAUAUCUCUCAAGUAUUCCCGUUCUCUUACAUGAACGAGUUAGCUGAAUUACCCCAUCCAAAUCGCAACCGCGCUCCUUUUUUUCGCUGUUUUGAGUAAUUGCGGUUCUCUUAAAUUACUUGUAGUGAAAUUUGAAUAAAGUACACUUACAGCCUUAAAAUGGUUUCAUAGGAAAAAAGAGUGUUGAAAAAUUUUCUGUCAUGUAAAUUCAAUAAUGUCAUGUUGGUUUUUACAAAGCGUACGUGUCCAUCUGUAAGAGCAGAUGUCGCGUUCUUUGAAACUAAAUAAUAGCAAUCGUAAUUUAUACUAUGGACUCCAUAGUUACUGUAAAAUUCUGAUAACUCGAUUAUACCUAAAUGGCGCGUCGCUGGGCAACUCAUUCCAGACGGGGGGAUAAAGUGAUAUAUAAAAGGGGAAGGGUAGGGGCCUCGGGGCAAAGUAUCCCUGUAUAAUAAAAACUUCGUCAAGUCAGCUCCUCCCCCCCCAUCCCCCACCAUCAUCCAUCACCCCUCUACACCCAAUCCCAGAGCACAGUCAGCGCAGAGGUCAUGAGUUCGAAUUUAAUAUCGUUUUAUUUCUUUCAUAACCGUGAUGAUCAUUAUCCUUUAUAUGAUUUUGAUAAUUUUUUUGUUACCAGAUUCGUUUGCUGCAGAGCAAGACCAAAGACCAGCGCCAUCUGAACCCGUCAGGGAUCAACAUAAACACUUUCAAACGCUCCGCAGUCACCAUGCUAUAUGUACUUGGCCUCUUUCUCGCCUGCUUCAUUCCUUUCUUAUGCGCCCUUGUAGUAAAAAUGCGUCGAGGUGGAGGCCCUCGAUUGAACAUCAUCUACAACUUCACGGCCACCAUCGUCUACCUGAACUCUUCUCUGAAUCCAUUCGUGUACUGCUUCCGUUUAAAGGACAUUAGAAUCGCUGUAUUUAAAGUACUAGGCAGGAAGUACACCAUUGACAUGAACGGAGAGCAAGUUCCGGUAUCGCGAUCGCAUUCCAAUCAAAAGCUCAACAACCUCAAGUGCUCCAAUCAGAAUGUUUAUAUACCGCUGUCUACUGUGGAUAUUUCCAAAGCACCUGAAACUAUUGUCUAGAGGAGUAGGGACGUAAGAAGAGAAAUCGAGAAUAAAGACCCAAGAGGACAAGUGUGUUCGCGAGAGAGAAUGUACACUAAGCGCGCGAGUUCCAUCGAAAGACAGGAAGGGAUAUAGGCAAAAGGAAAUCUAGUCAGGAUACGAAAGAGAACCGUGCGUUCGUGAAAAAGGAUCGUGCAGUAAGAGGACGGGUUCUGGAAAGCCAGGAGGGGA